GACAUGGGGCAGGGAAAUCAGUCUACUGUCUCUGAAUUUCUCCUCCGGGGUAUCUCCCAUUGGCCAGAGCACGAGCAGAUUCUUUUUGGGCUCUUUCUAUUCAUGUACCUGGUGAUUAUGGUUGGGAACCUGCUUAUCUUUCUGGCCAUCAUCUUUGAAGCCCGUCUCCACACCCCCAUGUAUUUUUUCCUGGCCUGUCUCUCUUUAGCUGAUAUUGGCUUAUCUUCUACCACUGUCCUGAAGAUGCUAGUGAAUAUGUACACUCAAUGUCACACUAUUUCCUACAUAGGGUGCCUAACACAGCUGUAUUUUUUCCUGACUUUUGGUGAUCUAGACAGCUUUCUGCUGGCUGUGAUGGCAUAUGACCGGUAUGUGGCCAUCUGUCACCCUCUCCACUAUACCAGGGCCAUGAACCCCAAGCUCUGUAUCCUUCUUGUGAGUGUGUGUUGGGUUCUUACUAAUCUUGUUGCCCUGACUCACACCCUCCUUAUGGCCCAUCUCUCCUUUUGUAUGAUAGGAGAAGUGUCUCAGUUUUUCUGUGAUAUUGGCCCCCUUCUCAAGCUGUCCUGCUCUGACACUCACAUCAAUGAGUUGAUGGUUUUUGCUGUUGGUGGCCCAGUUAUGACAAUCCCUUUCCUAUGUAUUGUGGCCUCCUACAUUCACAUUGUCUUAGCCAUCCUCAGAAUCCCAUCAGGGAGUGGGGGAAGGCGCAAAGCCUUCUCUACCUGUGGAUCCCACCUCUCUGUAGUUUGCGUGUUCUAUGGAACAGUUUUGAGUGCUUAUUUCUGUCCCUCAUCAGUAUACUCUACUGAGGAGGCAGCAUCAUCUGUGGUCUACACAGUAGUCACUCCAAUGCUGAACCCUUUCCUUUAUAGCCUUAGGAAUCGGGAUAUGAAGGCAGCCUUAGUAAGCCUUCUAAAAGGUAGGCUAUUUAUCUCCCAGGCUCAGUGA